AUGGGCAUGCGCUCUGGUUGGGAGCAGCCCAACUGGUUCGCACUUGAUGGUGAUGAGCCAGGUUAUAAACCCAGUUUUCGACGGACAAACUGGUUCGAGCCCGUUGGUCGAGAAUGUGAUCUGGUCUUGAAUAAAGUUGGCGUUAUAGACCUGUCUCCUUGUGCAAAAAUUGAGGUGACAGGAAAUGGCGCUGGUUCUUUUCUAGAUGUGAUUUUUGCCAAUGAACUACCCAAGGUAAGAUAGUUAUUUUUUAUUGCUGGAAAAAAAUUCAAUGAAAACACAGAACUUAUGAUGGCUUUUUUUAGUAUGGUUGGAUUCUAUGCUUCACCUAUUUACAAAAAAAGUUAAUUGCGUUCUGUUGAAGGGUAUUCCAAAUACUGAUAUAACUUUGCCUUGAAACGUUAUUUCUCUAAACAAGACAAGUACAUUUGGGGAGAAGGGCGGGGGGGAAGGGGGGUUGCAGUUGGACACUAGGCUCGAUUUCCGUCUCACUCUUGGUUCCGGUCUUGUUGAGACUGUUCACAGCCCUUUAUUUUUUCGUAAGACCGUCGAGAUCAAGCGCUUUACUUUUCUUAGCGGGCUGCCAUCUUAGAUGAGUGUCAAAUCUACUUAGGGGACGGGAGAAGGUUUGGGAGGAUGCUUUAGACCCCGACGCCCGCCUACUCGUUACAUAUCAGUAAACAGAAUGGCACCAGAUGAUGUUUUUCUGUUGUUAAUAAAUCCUCCGAGCAAGAACAAACCAGUGCAAAAGUUAAUUGCAAAAUACGUAUUCGACUGCUAUGAGAAAAAAAGAUCAUUAGUUCUUUAGGUUAACAUUGAUUAUAGUUCCACUAGUAGGCAAUGUGUGUUAUGAUUUUAAAUUAUUUGGAUAAAGUCGAUGUACAUAGGACUGUAUAAGACUCCAAAUAAAGCAUUGUCUUGUCUUGUCAUAUGAAACCACGAUGGCCGCCCCCACCGGUAAGAGCUAAAAGUAUUUUUUGUUAAGGAUUUCCCUGUUAUAUCACAAUUAUUAGAGACCUUUAGAUUCGAAGACGGAAACGACUACGAGUACGAGAUUUGACUGAAAGAUGUUUUAGCGUAUUUUCCAAAAGUGGACACCUCGGAAAGCUUCAUUAUACUUUUGAAUCACCAGAAAAGUUAGCACAGUUAUCUUAAUUGAGGGAGGUUUAGCCCUCUUCCAUUUGCAAAUUCAUAAAGCUUCCAAAAUCUUAGUGAUAACUUGUUUUCGCCAGUAGGACAUUCUCGCUUAAACUCGUAGUAGAAUGACGACAAAUGACGACAGCUGUCGCGUUUUCCCGCCAAAAUGACGCUGGCUCAUGCGCGAGCACUACCUAGUAUUUAGAUAAUUUCAUGCUCGUAGUCGUUCCCGUCUUAGUAUGUCUUAGUAUCUGAAGGUCUCUAUUUGUGUAUCUUCCUUGAGUGUCGAUUUACAAUGAGCCUGCGAGAAAGCUGUCGGGGAAAGUGGUCGAGGAAAUGAGUUCUCUCCUCUUACUGUACUUUUAGGUGGGGCACACAAACAUAAGCCUUAUGUUGACACCAAAGGGGAAAGUGUACGCGGAAAUGAAUGUCUCUUGCUUGGCGCCAGACCAUUAUUUGUUGGUAACUGGAAGUUCCAGCGAGUUUCACUACCUCAGGUAUAUACUACUUUAAUUUGUAUAUCGAAGGCUUCAUCUGGUUUUAUAUUUUCAUUGAGAGUUGUUGUUCCUAGAUUCCAGGGAGUUUGUAUGAUAUGGAAAGAGGCUAGCCUAUGUCGCCGCUGCUCCUGAGUGGGCAGCUGUGCAGGCUAUGAAGAGGCACGCUCGAAGGAGGUUAGGAGCGGAAAGACAAACCAAACAAAUACGAGAUAGAGUCGUUUUUUUUCCAAGCAAAAUUAAGCGCCGAGUAGUUUGUUCAAUAAGAUUCAAAACUUGCUUUUUCACAGGUGGCUACUGGAAAAUCAGCGUAAAUUUAAUUAUGAUGUCCAGAUCAAGAAUAUCACUGAUGACGUGGCCUGUCUGGGCAUAGCUGGACCUCGAUCACGUGAAGUUCUUUCUAAGCUGACGUCGUCAGAUUUAAGAGAUGUGGCGUUUCCUUAUUUGGCAUUUAAAACCAUUGAAUUGUUUGGACUGUCUGUACAGGCCCGUCGGUUUUCCUUUACUGGUAAGAACAUACAUAUUUCUGAUGUUGUCAUUUAGAUAAAUGCGGAGGAUAUUUAAUUAUAUAGACCGUAGAGCUCUUAUUUGAUUUAAUAACUUAACCGGAGACUUAACAAUUCAGUCUUAUCGGGAUCUGAUGCCCUAAAUUCUGCGAAAAUAACAUGCCUGAGUCUUUUUCCAUUUUUUCCCUACACAUUUGGCUUAAAAUCUCUGUGCAGAUUACAUCAAACAUUUUAUUUUUUAUUACAGUUUCCUACGUUAUGCCAUAUAAUCAUACCAAGAUAAGCUUAAUCAGUCGUCCAUAUCUAUGCAUCAAGCUAAAUGGUAUUAUUUUAAUUUUGUAGGCGAGUUAGGGUGGGAGUUGU